CCAUUGACCUGCAGCCUAGCAAGACUGCUAUGUCCUACAUCUUGUGCGGGGUGCUGACCAGAUAAGGAGAAAGGCCGAGAGUUCCAUUCUGUAGACAGGUCCCUUACACUGCCUGCUCUCAUCAAUUCAGUUUUAAAAAUAAUCUAUAAUUGCAUAGUCAGUUCCAUUACAUCUUUUGUGGAACAAACCUCAUUUCAGGCUCUGGUCUCUGUUCCUCUGUUUGUGGCUGCGUUAUCCAGAGUUCAAUUCCCACAAGAUACUGAUGUGCUGUAUUUCCAAGCUCCAGUCAUGCCAGACUUAUUUUCCUUCAUGUCAAACAGUGUGAAGCUUUAGUGUGCUAAUUCCAUAGUACUGAGAGGACAAGGGAGUUAAGGACCAGUUUGUCAAGCCUGACUUGGAGAACAUAACCAGACCACAGUGUGCCAGCUCAGCAGGGAAAGAAAAAAAGAAAGAAAAAAGGUUGGAUUUUUUUCCCCCCAAAGUGGUGGAAACUACACUAACAAAGAAGCAAUGUUUCAGCAGCUGUGAUCCUGCACCAGACUAAGUUUUUACACCACUUGCCAAUUCCACAGAGAAACAGACCAUCUUCAGAAAGGUCUACAGGCCUCCUGCCUUCAUUUAUUGCAAAGGCAUUCAGUUACGCACACAUACUCACUGCUGCAAACCCUUCAUCCCAUCACAGAACAAGAAAACACCCAGGUCGGAACAUCUGAGACCUUAGAAAAAAAAACAAACAACCAAAAAACCAACUUGGAGAGAAUUUCGUAAGAUACAAGCACUGCUGUGCACACCAAGUACCCCACACAGCUGCUCAUACUGCGGGUGCACCAGUAACACCAGGAGUUGCACAUCCCAGCAGCAGCUCCCCACAUCCACUGCAGCUCAGUCACAAGUUGACUCCUCUGAAGUGCCUCCUUUCAUCACCUGCCACUCGUUGCUCAGUGUUACGUAACUCGUGCUUCCCCAGCAUAAAGCAGUUUUAAACAGGUGAAAGACCUUUUGCACUUACUGAUCAGAUUUCAGCCUUACUGCUUCACUCACAAGGUGGACAGCUGGCAGUUAUUCCUAUUUUUUUUUCCUCCCUUGACUCUAUGGGCAAUUUAUUUUUCAUGAGUCAUCGCUUUAAAUCAAGAAUAGUUGCUUCUUCUGAUAAUUUGGGACAACUUUUUUAAUGUGAGGUUAAUCUGCAUUUACUGUCCUGAGUUUGUUCAGUAACGAAUUCCCACUCCUGCUGCUCUGUUACAUUAAACCAAAGCAAGUGAAAGAAAGUCAAUUAACAGAAACAAGAACUAACAAGAAGUUUUUGCACAAAAUAGCAGCUUCGAUACAAUUUAAAGAAGUCCUUUACAGAAAGCCCUUUGUUUUUAAACUGCAAUUCCCAUUUCCUUCCUUCACCCAUGGAUUCAGGGUUUUGUACCUUUAUUUGGGAUGAGCUGUUUCUUCACUGCGUGAUGACGUGUGCUCUGUCCCCUCAGGAAAAUGCCUUUGACAUUUUGGUCGGGGAAAGAAUGUUUAAGUGACAACUUCAAAUCUGAGUAAAGGCAAUAAGCUGUGGGCAAGCUGCCCAACUUCUACAUGACGCACUUCAUGACUGCUCUAAGAGGCUGAGUCUCCCUUGUGAGAAGACAAAGGACAUAAGCUGCUUGUGAAGAAUGCUUCAUUAGCUUUCCUUGGAGGAUGCUCAGAGCGAAUAUUGAUAAUGCCAUUGUCAUUGAUAGUUCACUGAAGGAGAAGCCUUCGUACAGAGCAUCCAGCACCAACUGUGAGAUCACGCAUCAGAUCAAACCUAAUUAGUGUCUGCAGCUUUGGAACAAAGAGUUACAUGACUCAGAUGAGGGGAGAGAAUUCCUCUCUACUUCUCUCCUAGGAAAGCAAAGGGAGAGAAGCACAUAAAACACAUUAGGACAACUCUGCAGGGAAAUUCUUUUCCACAUUCACUGACUUAAGCAAAGCCCACCAAAACAGGUUUCGUAGUUACAGAAUACAAGAUAUAGGUGUAUGAAUUCAGCAUUGUACCCAUCUGAACACAAAGGGCAGCAGAAAAGUUUAAUUAGAAAGCAACACUAAAGGUCCUCUUCCACCCCACUGCCCCUGUUCUCAAAGCAGAGCAUUUGAACUUACAUGAUGAUGCUGAUUUUAAAGCGGUUCUAGGAGCCACAUCAUUUACAAUAUAAAAAUGAAUCUUCAACAGGAAAUACCAGCAAAGAAAGAAGAAAGUAGAUAAUUCUAAGUUGCAAAGGAACAAGCUUAUCACAACUCAAAAAACGGGAAGAACAUCAGCAGUUAGAUCCCAUAGUAUUUUGAAUGGGAUUUGAAAGCACAAAUGUUUGAUAUGAGAGCAGAGCAGGAAGGAAAUUAGUGAACGGCUUUUACAAGUCUGAACAGAAUUUUAUAUUUUUCUCUUUAGGAAAAUCAUCAUAAAGAUUCUCCUUAUUUUAAAGUUUCUAGACAGAUAGGAUGCUUCAUAAGGAAUGAUGAUGAGGGACCAGUGCAGUGAGUUCUUCCCCUGACAUAAAAGAUGAAAUUCAAGGAAGAGAAGGCAAAAUAUGCCAGAUGGAAGGAAAGAGACCAACCUUAUGAGAUUACAUAUGGCAUCUAAUGCAUUUCCUUUACAGGCAAAACACAAACUGGAAAAGCAGCUAUCUGGUAUGCACAGAGUAAAGUUACUUCCAAGUAAAGGAAGCAGAAGGUGAAGCGGAAUGGAGAAAAGACUCCCAGUCUACAGAGGGACCCGAGUUGAAUAGCAACCAAAGGUAGUUUACACAUAUCAAGUAAGUUUCCAUAUAGAAGCUCUACAUUCUCUGCCAAGAUGAUUCUCCAGGGCUACACUGGAUAAAGUCAUCUCAAACAAAAUGAAAAGCUACAAGAAAGAAAGAAAGAAAGAAGCCCCUUCCACUAUCAUCCUUUUUAUGAAUUAUCUAGAUGUUUUAACUCCCCUUCUCUUUUGCUUCACCUGGCAAAAGAACCCCGAACACAAUACAUCCAUCCAUUUCACAAAAGAGAAAAAAGAACGAAUUUCAUAUCAGAUGCUUUGCGUCAAGCCUGCUAAGGCUCAUAAAUCUUAUCACCCUGGUCAUUUCAACCAACGUCCGACCCUUUUGUUAACUCAUGAUUUAUAACUGGAAGUUACUUUUCUUUAUGCCAGAUUUAUAAACUUUACUGUGCUUGGUUUGAUAUAAUAUCCAUUUUGUACACCAAGCUAUAAGACAGUAAAUUUAUUGUCCAUGAAGUGUUACCUUGAAAAAUUACAUCAAUGCAAAGUGGUUUCCAUUUACAAUCAAUAGACAAUAAAUUCAUUGGAUUUCUUUUUUGGGGGCAGGGAGGGGGGCAUGACCAUAUUUAUGAGGUCAUGAGUGGGUAUAUAACGAGUGAAACAGGGAGCAGAGGCAACAGUCUGGAGUUCCGAAUUACAGGCGUUGACAAGACGAAAUAUAUUCAACACAGCAACAAUGCAUAAGCUGGUAUUCUGCUGUCUCAUUAUUAUCAGCUUCUCCUGUCCUCUCUCUUCUCUCCCCGUCAUCAACGCCAGCGAGAUGUCUUAUCAGCUCCCAGCUGAUGAAGACUCAAGGCUAAAUCUGGAGCAGCUGGGCAGCUCAGAAAGUACCUCCCUGCCUCAGUUCCUGCAGGAGCUCUUGGGCACACUGGUUGAAGACAAUAAUGCAGGUCUUACCUCCAGCAGCUACAGCCCAAGGAAAAAUAUCAAAGAGACUUUCUAUGGAAAUCACCCACGAAUUGCUUUGCUGGGCCGUUUGCUGAUGAAGGACAGGAAGCAGUACAAGAAACGUGGCAACCUUUCUGAAUGCUUCUGGAAAUACUGUGUGUAAACAGAACAGACCUCCCAACUUUGGCUGCAUAAUUUAUAUAUAUGUCUGAAACCAUGUACAUAAACUUGCUUGAUUUGAAGUCAGAAUGAAGGAAUUUGAAGAUAGCUCCUAACUUUAGACUCUACACUACUUGGAAAUUAAUAAAUUGUUGAUGUUUUGCAAAUAUUCUGCGAGCGGAGUCAUAUUUUCUUAGAGUUCAGCACAACAGGAUGAAAGUAAUGAUACUUUAAUCUCAGCCCCAGGUACAUCCUGAUAGUUUGUGCUAUGAAUAAAGCUAAAGACUCAAGAACUGCCUGUAGGCAAUAUCAAUCUUCAUGAUACACACCAAUAGUUUGAGCUGCAAAGUCUUACUUUGUUCACUAUGCACUUUGCAUAAACUUCACACUAAUCAAGGUUCACAAAGCUUGAAUUAAACUUUGCCUUAGUAUUACAUAUCACUGAGAUCAAUGUAGCAUACACCUCAUAAAUCUCUACCUGUUCUGCUUAAACAAAGCCUACAGGCUCAAUAUAACUCGUUUGCAUCAGAUAAGUCAUAAGAUAGAUGAAGCCAGCCGUAGCAAAGAAAAAUGUCCUUGCGAAUGCAGGAGUAGCUGGAUGCACUGCACAGGUACUUAAAGCCUUCUGAACAUUCAUCUUCCUCUUACACAAUGCAGCAAGUCAGUGUCUGGCUGGAAAUUACUCCUUUCUUGCCACCUCAUCAGUCAAUAAAAAGCUGUAGGAAAAGGCUUCAAAUUUAUCUUAAUGAAUAACUAUCAAAGGUUUAUUUCAGAGGCAGGAAAAGGUGUCCAGCUUAUGAAGAUCUGAAAACGAACAACAGUUGAAGUCUACUUCAGAACAGCAAACUAAAUGAGAUAAUGAAGAAUAAGUGGG